CUUGACGCGUCCGUCUGGACCAGGACUGCGGUGGAAUAGUGACGCAGACGACCAGUCGACCAAUCAGGGCCUUUGUUUAUGCGCGCGGCGGGUUUAUUCGACCGACAUAGCGCGUUCGAACUUCGCAGACAGCUGCGUUGUUGCGUCGCGUCGCAUCGCUUGAGGUUUACUCAGGGUGUUUACUGCGUCACAAUUUAUAAGUGCAUUGUAGAGUAUGGCAAGUGGAUUAAAUGUUCUCUACUGCACCAUGAACUCCUUCCAGAACAGUGAACUGUGAUUUUUAAACUGUAGCCACAUGUAAAGCUUUAGUGACACAAAGCACCGCAGGAGACGCAGAGUCAGCGUUUGACAGAAGCAUGGCUGAGCCCGGGACGUGCGCACCUCGCAUAAAUCACAGCGCGUCUUUAGCUGGAGAAAAGAGGCUAUAUUUGACUCGGACUAGUGAGGCUGAAUGAGAAGACGAUGGACAGCCGGCCCGAGAACCCCUCGAAGGCAGCUGGCUAUCUGAAGGAGCUGAAUAAGAUCAUAGAGACCCAGCAGACGCUGCUGAAGCGGCAGAAGAGGCGCAUCUUUGAGCUGGAGCAGCAUGUGUCCGAGCUGUGCGCAGAGAACAGCCGCCUGAGACACGAGCACCAGCGGCAUCUGAUCAGCUGCAGACUGCGCUCCAUCCAGGAGAACACCAGCCCACUGCAGCAGUCAGAAUAUGGCAGUACAAGAAUCGUCAGAAGACAUGCCUCUCUUCCUGUGGAAACGACAGACCGACAGAGUCCCAGCAGCCUCCGAUCAGCCGUGUGGAGGAGACCUGUGCCGUCCCGGCAGUGGAAGUCUGUAUCCUUCGGUGUGGAGGGGAAUGUUCAGAACAGUGAGGCCGGCCCUUCCUUGGACACCAGCACAGGAUAUGGCCAUGGACGAGGCCCUGUCACACACAGUUCUUCCUUGAGUCCAGAGCAGUUUGAAAGCACAGUGUACGGUCACAGUGUCCAGCCAGGCCCACAGCGCCCUCAGCGGCCCAAACUACAGCACUCUCAGUCCAUCCUCCGCAAGCAGGCAGAGGAGGAGGCCAUCAAGCGCUCGCGCUCCCUCUCCGAGAGCUAUGAGCUCUCCACAGACCUGCAGGACAAGAAGGUGGAAAUGCUUGAGCGGAAAUACGGAGGCCGUUUCAUAACCCGCCAUGCAGCGCGCACCAUCCAGACAGCUUUCCGCCAACACCAGAUGAACAAGAACUUUGAGCGUCUCAGGAGCUCGAUGUCGGAGAACCGCAUGACCCGCAGGAUCCUUCUGUCCAACAUGAGGAUGCAGUUUUCCUUUGAGGGACCUGAGAAAGUCCUUGGCUCUGUUUUGGAGGGGAGGCAAAUGUCUCUCCUGGAUGACGUCAGCCAUGUAGGAGGCAUGGUGCAGGCCACAGAGAUGGUUCCUGUCAUUUUGGAAGCCCCAGAAGCUCAAAACGACUUGACGGACACAAUCACACAGCUAGAGGACACUUUCUCCAGGCAAGUGAAGUCACUGGCCGAGUCGAUCGACGAUGCACUGAACUGCCGUAGUCUGCACAGAGAAGAGACGCAGCCCGAGCAAGUGGUUUGUCAGGAGGACAAGCAUCAGGAUGAUGAGGUCUGUGACGUCACACUCUUCAUCGAUGAAGAGGAGCUCUCUCCACUGGUCCAGCCAUCCACGGACUCCAGGGAUGAGAAGCUGGACGUGGACACUCCUUCCCUCGAGCGCCAGGGACCAGGCUUACCCCUGCUGACCAUUGAGCCUCCCAGCGACAGCGCAGCAGAUACAAGCCACCGGUCCAAGCAAGAUUCGGUCCAGCCGCUAAACAUUCACCAACGCACCGCAGCCGGACCCCGUCCCAAACAAGGGCUGCCUCCUAGAGUCCCCUCGCUCUCUGGAGACGAAGAGCCGCUUCGACACCGGCAGCUGGAGAGCCACCUGGCCACCAACGGCAAGCGACAGAGCAAGUCCGAGUCUGACUUCUCAGACGGAGACAAUGACAGCAUCAACAGCAAUUCAAACUCCAUUGACACGAUAAACUCAGAAGUCUCAUCCAGAGACGGACAUAGUCUCAGCAAACAGACGUACCACAAAGACACUCGCAACAGCUGGGACUCUCCGGCCUUCAGCAGCGAUCUCAUGCGCAAGAGACAAUACCGCAUCGGCCUCAACCUCUUCAAUAAAAAGCCAGAGAAGGGCGUCCAGUACCUGACGGAGAGGGGCUUUAUUCCGGACACUCCCGUGGGCGUGGCCCACUUCCUGCUGCAGAGGAAGGGCUUGAGUCGACAAAUGAUUGGAGAAUUUCUUGGGAACAGACAGAAACAGUUCAACAGGGAUGUUUUAGACUGUGUGGUGGAUGAGCUGGAUUUCUCAGUGAUGGAGCUGGAUGAAGCCCUGCGGAAAUUUCAGGCUCAAAUCCGUGUUCAGGGCGAGGCACAGAAAGUGGAGCGCCUGAUCGAGGCUUUCAGCCAGCGCUACUGCAUCUGUAACCCUGAUGUGGUCCGUCAGUUCAGAAACCCUGACACCAUCUUCAUCUUGGCUUUCGCCAUCAUCCUCCUCAACACAGACAUGUACAGCCCCAACGUCAAGCCAGAACGCAAGAUGAAGCUUGAGGACUUCGUCAAGAAUCUGCGAGGGGUCGAUGAUGGCGAGGACAUCCCUCGGGAGAUGCUGGUCGGGAUUUACGAGCGGAUCCAGAAGAAGGAGCUCAAAACCAAUGAGGACCAUGUGUCUCAGGUGCAGAAGGUGGAGAAACUCAUUGUGGGCAAGAAGCAAAUGGGAUCACUUCACCAUGGCCUUGGAUGUGUGCUGUCUCAGGCCCAUCGCAGGCUGGUGUGCUACUGCAGACUGUUCGAGGUGCCAGAUCCCAACAGACUGCAGAAACUGGGGCAGCACCAGCGGGAGAUCUUCCUGUUUAAUGACCUGCUGGUGGUGACCAAGAUCUUCCAGAAGAAGAAAAACUCAGUGACGUAUAGUUUCAGGCAGUCUUUCUCUCUGUACGGGAUGCAAGUCAUGCUCUUUGAGAACCAGUUCUAUCCGAAUGGUAUCCGGCUGACUUCAGCCAUCCAUGGUGCAGACUUCAAAGUCCUGAUCAAUUUGAACGCUCCCAACUCCCAGGACCGCAAGAGAUUCACCAGCGACCUGCGAGAGUCCAUCGCUGAGGUCCAGGAAAUGGAAAAGUACCGGAUAGAGUCUGAGCUGGAGAAACAGAAAGGAGUGGUCAGACCCAGUAUGUCUCAGAGCAUGUCGGGCCUAAAGAAGGAGAGCGGAAACAGCACCAUGGGCCGCACUAGUCUGGAUGACACGUACACCAUGGGGGAGGGGCUAAAGCGGAGCGCGCUCAGUAGCUCCCUGCGUGACCUUUCUGAAGCAGGGCUCCAUCUUUAGCAGACCUGCUCUUCCAGGAGCAUCUGUUCCCUGACGGACACCGCGCUCCAGACUCCCUCCUUGGGUCACUCUUCGAAAGCAUUCGGGUCGAGUGCUUCGUCUUGGGCACACCAUCACACCACAGAGAGCAGCACAUGAUCAGCGAGCACAGACCCUGGUGUGAGCUUCAGACACACACCAGCCCAACAUCUGUGUUUGACGCCUCUCGCUCUCACUUCAUCCUGCCACAGGUCAAGGACACACGAUUAGAGUAGGAAUUUAUAUUUUGCAUAAAGAAUACCAAGGACCAUUAAGAUAUAUUGCAUUGUUACAUAUUUUUUGCUGUAAUGCAUUAUUAAAACUAUUAUUGUUAUUAAAAAUUAUGAUUACUAUUUUAUUAUUAAAUAGUUUUUAGUCAGUUCCUUGAAAACGUAAUAAUAUUUUGGUUAAUAUUAGCAUACAUUAAAAACAGUUACCAUGCUGCACAAAUAUUUUAACAUUUAACACAAUAGUUUUGUUUUUCACAUCGCAGUAGUAUGAUUUUAAUAGCAAUCGCAGUUUUGUGUUUUCAUAUUUAUUUAUUGAGAAUUUGAGGAGUGUGUUUAUCUGUGCUUAAUAUCAGCGAAACAUCGUAAUGGUCCCAAAUACGGGUUUUGUUGCCUUUAUGCAAAAUAUGAUAUUUAUUUUCCUGACAGGUUUUCUUGAUUUCUUUGAGAGGUUAUAAAAACAAAGUAAAUAGUGGUUUUGCUAGUAUUCAACCACUGUGGUUCUGCUAGUUUGAGUGAAUGUCCGUCUCAGAAACACAGAGUAGAUGUCCUAACGCUGUAUUAUUAUUAGGUGACAGCUCCACAUGCUGUCUAAACCAUCAUUAAUCAACGUGCCAUUGACCUUUGCACCCGCUAUGUCUCAUGUGUAGAACAGUAGUACAGUAGUGUAACUGAAACCAUUGUCAGCAAAAAGCGAUGUUAUAGAAUACUGUAAAAGAUGUAUUCACAACUUUUUGAGAACAAUAUCUUGGUGAGUUUGAGUGGAAGUCAUAUUUAAAGAAGUACGCUCAUGGAAACCUUCCGUUGUGAUCUGUUAUAAAGCACAAAUGCAGUAUCAUGUGGCACUUUGACGUUGUACAGCAUCAUAUGAAUCUUACAGACUUACAGUAAGGGUUUGAGGAGAUGGUAAAAUAUGUCUGCAUGCCUGGAGUAGUUUUUGUAAAAAUCAUUUUAUGAUUUCUUUUUUCAUUGGAGGAAACUCCUGGACAUCUGAGGGCCAGUGACGGAAAUAUUUUUCUAUAUUUUAUGGAUUGUUCUUGUUUGUUUUUAAGUGCAAUAUGUUUGUCAUGAUGACGAGAGCAUCUUUACUAUUACUUCAUCAUAGAUUCUCUAGUGUUUUUACAUCGAAUGAAACGUCAGAGUGAUCAGCUAGGCUUUAACUGUGAUUUGUUAUUGAUGUUGUUCUUGGCUGUUUAUUUAUUGUUGAAAAUAAACCAGUGUUAACAUGGCAAUGAAGUGCAAUCCUGUAAAAAGUACUCCUCUUUUUUUACUUUUCAACAACCAGGAGAUUGUUUCAGGUGAAUAUUCUGCUCUAUUAUGCAAGCAUCUGUAUGUUUAGAGUCAUCUAGAAAUGAACUUUUAGUCUGUGAAGUGAGGCAAAUGAAAAUGAUUGUUGUAAAGAUGCAAUCUGAUCAGAUAUAUAAGCUGAUAUUUUUCAGAAUUGUGUAACCUUUGCUUCUGAGCACGUUUUCAUGACCCCAAACCAAAGGUUUGCUUUUCAGCAUAUCACAAAUACUGUGUUCAAUAUUCAAUCUGAUGUACUGAAGUCAACAUGAACAGACUAAACUAACCAUGUUUACUUCGCUUAAUAAUACUUCCCUCCUGUUAAACUCAAAGAAAACAUAAUCAUCUUAUUCUUUCUAUUUAAAAAAUGUACUUGAAAUCAUAACACCCUUUUAUUUCUCAGCCCCACUCCUUCAAUCGCCGGCCAUUUUUACAUCAUUUCUUGAUGGAUAAAAGAAAAACUUUUUGUGUUCUUUAAUAUCCUUUUUUUUUGUGGGGGGGUGGGGGCUCACAAUGAAGUAAAAUGGGUUUGUUAAUGUCAUUUCAUGUUGACUUUAAGAAGAAAACUAAUUUAAAAGAUCUUGCAUUUCUAUUACUUACAAAGCAACCGUUUCCAAAGAUUUUGUUCUGCAUAAAAUAUUAAUAAGAUGAGGAGCUUCUGAUAUUUGAUUGACAGAUGAAGGACUGCAGGUUCAGAUGCACUGACCCCCGUGAGCUGAUCAACACUCAGCCUUAACUCUUUUAUUUCACUUUACCUCUCGCUCUUAUUCAUCUAUUUUAUGUGUUUCUUCAUUUCAUGUGCUCGAUCUGUCGUUCUGUACUGUGUUGUGUGUUACUGCAGAUAAUGCAACUCAUCCGUGUAAAAGAUGGCAUAAAACGAUCUUGUCCCACUGUAAGCCCAUGUAAAGAGGGCUUGUAAAGACACAUUUGAGCAGUAAUAGAUAUAUUAGGGACCAAGUUACCAUUGUGUAUAUAGAGUGUACAGUAUCCUGACUGCAGAAUAUGAGGUCUCUCUUUAAAUGCGAGGUGUUGGAUGUUUCUCUCCUCACAGGCUGCUAUCACUCGCAGAAAUAGGUCAUAAUAAAGGCCAUUGGUUUAUCUUGUUGUUGUAGAACAGAGAAUGCUUGUCUUUUGAGGUUUUAUUUUAUGUGAUGGUUAUCUAUGUCAGUGUACAAUGUAAAACUCAAACUGUGACGACAUUCAGAACAUAAAAUAAAACAAUUAUAUGAUA